GAGUACUCGCUCAUUGAAAGACGUUGUCCGCCCGCUUCGGUGGGUUCCAUGAAAAAAUUCAAAUCGAACCGAGUCGUUUUGGCUGAUUAAACACCUUUUACCGGCCACGCAGUACCCCGGCCUCGUGUUUGUGUGCCUGCGGUGGUGGGUUUGGUCGGGGAAGCGCGAAGUUGUUCCCGAGCAAUGAUGGAGCUGGAGGCGGCCAGUAACAGAGGCGAACUGGGAGCUGUGGGAGACGCGCUCCAGCCUCAGACCCCGAGUAGACACGAAAAGAGCCUUGGACUGCUCACAACCAAGUUUGUGACUUUAUUACAGGAGGCGAAGGACGGAGUGCUGGAUCUGAAAGCUGCAGCAGACACCUUGGCAGUGCGACAGAAACGGCGUAUCUAUGACAUCACUAACGUAUUGGAGGGAAUUGGACUGAUAGAGAAGAAAUCCAAGAACAGUAUCCAGUGGAAGGGCGUAGGUCCAGGCUGUAACACCAGGGAAAUCGCAGAUAAGCUGAUUGAUCUGAAGGCUGAGCUAGAUGAUUUGGCUCUGAGAGAACAUGAGCUGGAUCAGCAGCGAGUCUGGGUCCAGCAGAGCAUAAAGAAUGUCACAGAUGACUCCAACAACAGCCCUAUGGCGUAUAUUAAACAUGAAGACCUCUGUGGAGCCUUCAAAGGUGACACACUGCUAGCAAUCCGUGCACCUAUUGGCACACAACUCGAGGUGCCCAUACCAGAAUCGGUCCUUAACGGACAGAGGAAAUAUCAGAUUCGUCUGAAGAGUUCAUCUGGACCCAUUGAGGUCUUGCUGGUCAAUAAGGACCCUUCCAGUGCCUCUCCUGUUGUUUUGCCUGUCCCUCCUCCAGAUGAUGUCCUUCAGAACCUCUCAACACCAACAACUACCUCCCAGCUGACCGCAGCAUCUUCCCAGGUCCUCAAAGCGGCUCCAGCUGCUUCUUCCAAUCCUGCUGCAACUUCAGCCUCUGUCACAGAAACGAGAAGCAGCAAGCCGCUUACACCAACAACAGAAACAUCUUCUGCAGCGACUCAGCAGCUUCAGUCCUCCGCCUCUCUGGAUGGAUCCGCCUCUUCGUCUGCUGCUGCAGUAUUUGAACCAAUGAAGUCUGAUCCCUCUGAGUUGCUGGACUUUCCCAAAGAGCUUUCUGAAAUGUUUGAUCCAACAAAAGAAAUCAUGAGUGGAGAUCUGUUGGAAGAUUUGAUGUCAUCGGAAGUGUUUUCGCCUCUCCUUCGUCUGUCUCCGCCUCCCAGUGAUCACGACUACAUCUAUAAUCUGGAUGAGACUGAAGGCCUUUGUGACCUCUUUGAUGUCCCCAUUCUCAACCUCUGACGCCUGAGGUUGUUCUCAGAGCGGCAGACAUUUGCGCACACAUGCUGAUCUUCCAAAACCCCGUCCCCAUGACACCGAAGGCGAGAAGAGGCGCAGAGAAGCUUGUAUGAUCUGAUCAGCUUUCAAGGACAUCUCUGCCCUGACACUGUGAGCGAAGCAGCUUCACGUACAGUUAACGAUAAAAUUCAGGCAAGAACAAAACAUUUUACUUGCAGCUUUUCCAAGGAAGCACAGUUUAAUGAGAAGUAAUUCUAUUUUUGGAUACUUGUGUAUGAUAAAGCGUUAUUUUGGUGUAUCCGGCCUUUUGUGUGCUUGAGUGAAUGCGUGAACGUGGGUAUUUGUGGGGGGGAUGACUUGAGUCAGAAGUCUCUAAGAAAAUUACAGUCUACAGUCUAGCAGAGCGCCAUGUCAGCUGCUCACACGGGAUGUUACACAUCUGUCAGCGUCCAACCGUGGCUGGUAAAAUGUGCGCUGUCCUCAUGUACAUAGGGAAUAUAUAUAUUUUAUUACCAGAACACAGUAAUGUGUUAAUGAACUGCUCUUGAAACCGAGAGCAACAGGACUCAGACUCAAAGCAAAAGGUUUAGUUUUUCCAAUCCAAUUUGUAUGUAUGACGUGUUUGUUCUGUAAUCACAGGAACAGUGAAAAUGUCUUUUAUUAAACCUUUCAGCGUGUAAGUGUUGCGUACCAGUUGGAGGUAGAGGAGCUUGCUGACUACACAUUAUGACAUGAAGAGCCCAGGACCAAAAAGUAACAGGGUUUGGGGUCAUUUUUACAAUUAUAAUAUAGAGGGAACCCCCCCCCCCCAACUGAUUCAGUUUUCAUACUCCUGCUCUGACAGGGUUUGAUUAGUAGAAAAGACUACAUUAGCUUUGGGUGUGGCUGUAGGUUCGAGAGUUGUAUCCUAAGAGGUCGUUGCUACACAUAGGGACACUCACGCACUGAGUCGACUGAGCGGCUACCAAAGAACCCAGUAGUAUGAACAAUGUAUUGCAGUACUACUACUAAUCCAGUAGUGGCAUGCGAUGAAUAUCCAUAUUGUAUCUGUGGUUUUAACUUUCUGUGGUUACAGUACAUGAGCUGACGGAAUUUCUGCCAAAAUUCAAAAUGUUGGCAAAUGUGACUUUCUUUUUUUAAAGCUUCAUGGAAACUCAUAAAGUAGUACUGCAGUACAUUGUUGAUUAAUAUAUGGAGCCAAUCUGUGUUGGUGAGCCACUGCUCACCAACACUGGAAUUGUAUGCCUCCUUUUACUAAUACUGUUAUGUUUUUCUGCUCGGUUGGUGCUGCAAAAACCUGUGCGCUAUUACAUCAGAGGUGACAUGACACCAAACUAUAUCUAGUGUCCAAGGAAACCUGUGUAGAUCUACCGUUCAUUUCACAGAAAAUCGAUCUUUAAUGAACAGAAUCGACAAUGGCAUAGCUGUCAAAUCUUGUCAAUUCCCCUGCCAAGCCACUUUAUGCAAAUGUCUCAUAGCCACUCCCGCUUCGGUUAUGACUCGUACCUGUACCCACAUCAAAGGAAUUUUGUCUUGAUUUACAUGACUGAUCAUUUUUCAAUUUUACAUCCAAGGGAAAAAGUACAUUUCACGUUCCUCUCUCCAAAGAACUGUGUGGCACUGCUGGGACAGACUGUGUUAAUAGUACAUGUAUGUAAUUUUUAAUAAUGCGGUAAAUCUGUUAUACUAUGUCACGAAAUAUCCUUGGGUUUUUUGGAGUGGGUGGAUGGGGGAUGCUUGUAUUUGUAUAUUUGGCACUGAUCUCAAUUUAUGUUUUCCUUUUAUAACAUAUUAAAUACUACCUAUCAUUCUACGUACUUUGAGCUUUCUACUUUUAAUGUAUGUGCAGAGGACAGACGAGUUUUGACUAAUCAUACUAUUAAAGUUAAAAAAAAAAUCUGCAUUGUUCAUGUUUCUGCAGGGAAGAAAUUUAAUUUGUUGUAUAAAAUCAUAUUUUGU